AUGUGGUGGUUAGUUGGCCCAACUAAAUGCCAAGAGAAAAGGCUACUGGAGUUGUCAGACGAGGAGAAAGAUCAACUGCUGACAACGAAUUGCUGGAUCACACAGGUGUGGACCGAUCACCACCUGAGGUGGAACACUAGCGACUUCGACGGCAUCGACGUCAUCAGAAUACCGUAUGAAAGAGUCUGGAAGCCCGAUAUUAUACUGUACAAUAACGCUGAUCCGAACUAUCGGUCGGCAGUGAUCAACACGAACGUGAUAGUGAAGAGUACAGGUGAAGUGACUUGGCUAAGUCACGGUAUCUAUGUGUCCGUAUGCGAUAUAAAUGUGGAGCAGUUCCCAUUCGAUAUCCAGCUGUGCACGAUGAAGUGGGCUUCCUGGACGUACGACGGUUUUCAGGUGAGGAGUUAA